UGCAAACAACGGAUCCGAGCUCAACUUCAUUUCGGACAUUCAAGUUCAUAAAUGGAAUCGGCAAAUGAUCGGGAUAAAGUAGUGAUCGAUGUGGAAGAAGCCAUCAGUGCUUUAGGUUUGAAAGAGCAAGGCAAUGAAAUCGUUUCUUAUGAGCAGCUCAGUGGAGGUUUGACGAAUGACAACAUUGCCGUAUAUCUCAAGAAACCAUGCUGCCAAGAACAUACGAAGGUCAAGAUAAUCAAUGAUAGAUUGGUCUUACGUCGGUUCAAGAAAUCGACAAGCAUUCAUCUGGGAUAUGAUCGAUACCGCGAAUACAUCAAUGCAAAGAUAGCAGCAGAUCAUGGUAUUAGUCCACCAGUGAUUGGAUUCAUUCAAGCUGAUGACAACGAAGAAGGGCAUGGAGGUGCAUUGGCAUUGUGCUACAUUGAUGGCACCACUUCGGGAGAUGAUGAUGUAGGAGAUUUGUGUACGUCAGAUUUCAAAGCCAGUCUAUUGGCCAAUACGCUGAGGGCACUGCAUGGGAUGAAACAUUUUGACAACAUCUUUGAUCCGUUCAAGGCUAGGAAAUGGUACGAGAAUCAGGUAAAGUCAAUAACGGGCAAGUCAAUCGAAUGGGAAGAUUAUGAGACUUUGAUCACGCUAUCAAGCUCGCUAGAGAUUCAUCUGAACGCAUUAGAAGAACCGCUUGUUCCUUGCCACAACGAUCUACUUGCAGCCAAUUUUAUCAAGCAAUCCACGAAGGACCAUGAUCGUUUGGCUUUGAUUGAUUUUGAAUUGAGCGGAAUGGCACCCGCCUCGUGGGAAUCGGGUAAUAUUGUAUCUGAGAAUGGACUAGACGGAGAUGAAGAAGCGAUCGAACGAUUAACAAUGCAUUAUUGGCUUGGCGGAAAGGUUGUACAAAGCAGGCCAGAAUGGCUUGAAAGUCGAGUAAACAGAGUCAAAGCAUGGUCAAUCGUAUCAAAGAUCACUUGGUCUGCCUGGGGAGCGGUUCUGUAUCACCUUAAUCAACACAAUGAACAACCUUUUGACUACAAAGAAUGGAGUCUGGAACGUGUCAAAAAAGCCAAAGCUGCAUUACAAGACGAACACAUGCUCAAAAACCUGCUGGCAGGUCUAAAAAGAGAUGAACUUGACCUCAGUCAAUAAAUACCCUCAUCUCGCAAUGGAUAGUACAUUAUUGAAAUUGCAAAAUUUG